AUGGCUGUAUCCACAAGCGUGUCCCGCUCUGACACGGCCUCAUGGGCAGACAAGAACCGAAUGCCCGUCGGUGCGCGCUACGCUGAUAUGCCAAGUUCAGAUUCCUCGGAAGAUUUACUCGCAGACCUUAGUGACUGGUCGGACCCAGAAUACCUACAAGACUCUGUGACUCGAAAGCGUCGGCAUGGCGUCUAUUUUCAUCGGCCUCCGGUUUGGGUCUCCAGUUCCUCUCAGAUGGAGGACCAGGCGAGGGCUUUUGCAGACUGUAAGAUGUGCCAUAAAUCUGGGGAAGGGUGUAUUUGCGAUAGUGAUAGUCUCCGCGAGACUCUGGACGCCUUAGAUAAGGAACGUGGGUCCAACCCUUGGUCAAUGCACCAUAACCACGGGCUCUUCUGUAAAGUGACAGCUGCCACGGCGGAUGCCCUUGCUGAUAUCAAUGCUAGCGUGUCAGGAUCAGCAGGCGUUCCUCUUCUACUAGACUGGGAUGGCCACAAGCCGAAGGGGCGCAACUCAACUUCAAUCACUGCGAGCAGCUGGCUGGACCGCCCCUUAUCUUCAGACGAGCCUUUGCCGAAUACUCCCCCAUCAGAGUGCUCCUAUCGUCAAGUAAAGCCAGGUCUUUGCACGCGCUUAAAAUUCCAGAAGGACAUACGACUUGAUGCCGGGGAGAGAUGGGCUCUACAAGAGGGGUCGCUGGUGAUUUGCAUCGAUCCCUCGUAUACCUUGCUUGACCACGAACGACGAUCGGACGAAUUCGAGAUCGUGGGUGGUGAUGUCUACAUUGUAUGUCGCAUAUAUGCAGAUCUGUGGGCUCUCUGUGUCAAGGCUUCGUUCAUACCCUCGUGCGAACCAUCUCGUGGAAUAAUGAACGACUCUGUCCGUCUGGGCUUCCUGCCUCUCUGUGCAGUGACAUUGGCAGCGAACUUCAGUGCUUUUUCCAGGAGGUGUUCCUGGCUUGCUCGUAGUGACUCAGACGAGUCGAGGUAUCCUGGGAAUGGGUUGCCCGUCAUGCCUCCGUCUCGUUCUCACAGCCUCACUGCUAGCAAGCAAAUUUUCAAAGGAAACAAGCAUUACCUCAGGUUACCUGGUAUAGCCUAUGAUACCUUUCAAAAUACUUCCUUAAGCAGUGAUUCGGAUUUCAUACCUCUUGACUCUACCCUUGAGCAAGUUCUUUCCCGAGUAGGGAGCCAGAAGCGUCGGCCAGUCCGCUCAGGAGGUCGCUUUUCCUUACACAAAAUUUGGAACAAUUGCAAGGCGUCAGGUAUCUGGAAGCACGAUCAAAUCAAAGUAUUACUGCCGUAUACGCCUCAUAGCCAGAGUUCGAAAAUCUGGGCGUCAGAAGGGGGAGGCCGACACUAUGACGUCCUGGUAGUAGCCAUCGAGAUACCUGAAUAA